AGCAUUGUAUCCAGUUGAUCACCAAGGAGGAAUGCUUGGAGCUUUAUGAAGAUUUGAUUUUGGGGAGAGCAUUUGAGGACAUGUGCGCUCAGAUGUACUACAGGGGAAAGAUGUUUGGCUUUGUUCACCUGUACAAUGGUCAAGAGGCUGUUUCAACCGGCUUUAUUAAGCUCUUGAAGAAAGAGGACAGUGUGGUCAGCACAUACCGUGAUCAUGUGCAUGCCCUGAGUAAGGGUGUCUCUGCUCGUGCUGUGAUGAGUGAGCUUUUUGGUAAGACCACUGGGUGCUGCAGAGGCCAAGGUGGGUCUAUGCAUAUGUUUUCCAAGGAACACAAUUUGCUUGGUGGGUUUGCAUUUAUUGGAGAGGGAAUUCCUGUAGCCACAGGUGCUGCAUUCACAUCCAAGUACAGGAGAGAGGUCUUGAAGGAGGCAGAUUGUGAUCAUGUAACAUUGGCAUUUUUUGGGGAUGGAACUUGUAACAAUGGUCAGUUCUUUGAGUGUUUGAACAUGGCAGCACUAUGGAAGUUGCCAAUUGUGUUUGUUGUGGAGAAUAAUUUGUGGGCCAUUGGGAUGUCUCAUCUGAGGGCAACUUCUGAUCCUCAGAUUUAUAAGAAGGGGCCAGCAUUUGGAAUGCCUGGGAUUUAUGUUGAUGGAAUGGACGUUUUGAAAGUGAGGGAGGUGGCAAAGACAGCAAUUGAAAGGGCUAGAAGAGGAGAAGGUCCAACAUUGGUGGAAUGUGAGACUUAUAGGUUUAGGGGACACUCAUUGGCGGACCCUGAUGAGCUUCGUGAUCCUGCUGAGAAAGCUCACUAUACUGCUAGAGAUCCAAUUACUGCCUUGAAGAAGUACAUUAUUGAGAACAAGCUGGCCAGUGAAGCUGAUUUGAAGGCCGUAGAUAAGAAGAUAGAGGAGGUAGUGGAGGAUGCUGUUGAGUUUGCAGAUGAAAGUCCUCAUCCACCACGGAGCCAGCUACUCGAAAAUGUGUUUGCAGAUCCAAAGGGUUUUGGAAUUGGACCUGAUGGCCGAUACAGAUGUGAGGAUCCAAAGUUCACAGAAGGCACUGCUCAGGUCUAACUUUGACCUCUUGCCAUCCUAUUUGUGCUUGCUUUUAGUUAUAAUAAUCAUAUUUAUUCAAGUGUAGUGUUCACUCAUAUAAGCAGUUUUUGUUCUUUACACCGGUUCUGUAUUUCAGUUUUUGGGUUCCUAAUUUUCACUUUUGUGAGUUACUGGGACAUGAAUUUUGAAUUUUCAGCGGCAGACCCCAAAAGGUUGGUUGGCCAUGUUUUGCAGUGCUCUACUUUUCUCAGUUUUCUUAUUGCAAAUCAGUAUUCAUUGGACUUCCAUUCAUAAACUGAUAUUGCCUAC